AACACUGUCACCAACACACACAAAAUUUUCUAAAAAUAUAAAAAAAUUAAAUAAAAAAUUGAAAAGUCACAUAAAAAACAACAGAAAUUUCCGCUCAAAUUCAUUCAUUCUCCUUUUGCUUUUCUCAGAAGUUUCUUCCUUCCUCAUUUUACUGCUUGGAAUUCGUCACUCUCACUGGAGAUUUUCACUGGCUUCAGCAGCAGCUGCUACUGUUUUGAAUCGCUUUGUAUUCUUCUAUGAUUGUUUACUUGAGGUGCAUGUGGUUGAUAUCCUAUGGAAACAGUGGUUGGAAUUGAGGAUAAUGAUUUUGGGAAGCUUGGAGACAGUGGGAUUGAUAGAAGCAGUUCUGCUUUGUCUUCACCGAAGCAGGUUGCUAACCCAAUUGUAUACAAGCUCGUACGGGUUGAAGGUGAUGGGAGGUUAGUGCCUGCAACAGAUGACGAAGUGAAGAAGGUGGAGGGUUUUCUUGAGUAUGAAAACAGUGAAAUGCGUGUUGUUGCAGAUACUGGACAAAGUCUGGAGUGCAUAUCAAUUGAGCGAUCCUCUUCUGGGAAGCUUCGAUUGGAGUGCCCUGAAGGCACCGCAGAAGCAGAUUUGGGGAAGCUAAAUGCGAGGUUUCAGUACAUUGAACAGAUUUUGCAAAAGGUCAAACAUGAAGAGAAACUUCGCCUGUCAUCUGGAUCACCUGUUCAUUCUCAUGUAAAUAUAGAAAGCCAGUGUUCUGCUGAUAAAUUUCCUGUCAUAGAUGGGAAGGUUCAAUCUGGAACUCUCAACCAGGAAAUACCUUCUAUAGCAUCAAGUUUAAAUUAUAGUCAUAGUAAUCAAUCUGGGAGUAUAGAUCAGUGUUCCAGACCUUCAGAUGGAGUGAUAGAAAGUGGAUCAUCUGCUUCUGCUGUAUGUUCAGCUUUGGAGCCUGAUUCUUCAAUGGUAGAUGAAGAAAUAUGCUUGGACAAGCUAUCAAUCAGAGAACUUCAUGAACUGUUUAAGGUAACUUUUGGUCGGGAAACUACAGUGAAAGACAAACAGUGGCUGAAGAGGAGGAUUUCCAUGAGUUUAACUAACUCAUGUGAUGUCUCAGCGACAACUUUCAUUGUUAAAGAUAACAAAAUGAUUAGAAAAUGUGAAGAAGACUGUUCUGGAAACGUGAAUGCUGCAGAUGUUAUCUCUGUGGAAAAUGUGGCAGGGGAAGAGGAUAGCAAAUUUAAGGAUUCAUCUGCAGUGGAGGAUUGUGGGUUUGAGAAUAACCCAAGUGUUACUGAAUCAAGUCUGGAAAAUCUUAAUAUGGAACAUGAACUGAGUGGUGAGGAUCACCUAAGAGAACAAAGAGCUGCGAAAAGAAUGCGGAGGCCCACUAAGAGAUAUAUCGAAGAGCUCUCUGAAAAUGAAUCUAGAGAGCAUAACCCUAGGUUGCCAAGUUCUAACAAAAAUAUGGGAUUUGGACAUGUUUCUCCAACUUCAUGCGCGAGGCCUGCUGGGAAUGCUUUUCCAGAGGCAAGAACAUUUAUCACCAGAUUAGACUCUCUUGGAGGUUCUGGCAUUCAAAUUCCUUGUGUUUCUCGGGUUCGAAGAAGUCGUCCAAGGAAAAAUCUCACAUCUCUUAUGAAAACUCCAAGUCUGUUUCAGAAAUUCCAUCCAACUGGUGUGGGUGAGGCUGCAGAGUUGGGUUGUAAGGUACUCAGAGAGCAUGGUUCUGAUGGUGGUGAGAGUCAAGACUGUGGUGAGAGUCAGGACGGUGGUGAGAGUCAGGACCAGGUCUUGAAGCCAAGACCCUCGUGUGAAAAGGUUCAUCAGCCAUUUGCUUCAGAACCUGUUCAAGAGAAGCAGUGCUCAGCAAUAGGCACAACUGAGCUACAGCAGGAAUUGAGGCCUAAAAGGGAAGAGCCUAAAAGGGAAGAGCCUAAGAGGGAAGAGCCAUCUAGCCAUCCUUCAGAGGACAACAUAGUUACUGUUCCCACUGCCAAAGGUGGAAUGAGAAGGAAACAUCAUCGAGCAUGGACUCUUGUUGAGGUAAUGAAAUUGGUUGAAGGCGUGUCACGGUGUGGUGCAGGGAAGUGGUCUGAGAUCAAACGGCUCUCCUUUUCAUCGGCUUCCUAUCGUACCUCUGUUGAUCUUAAGGACAAGUGGAGGAAUUUGCUCAAAGCUAGCUAUGCGCAGACACCUGCAGAUGUGGGGAUGAAGAAGCAUGGUACAGUUCCCAUUCCAGAGCCAAUUUUAGUUCGUGUGAGGGAGCUUGCAGAGAGGAAUUCUCAGGUGCCUUCUAGCUAUAUCUCAAGCAAGUCAAAAGCUGGUGCAGGGGUUGUGUAUGGAGAUAGAUCAGGAGUAGAAGCAAUGUUGUAGGCAGAUGAGAGAUUUAUCAGAUGUUUAAUGCACUGAGGAAAUGUUUAAUAGCGUCGUGCCAGUUCUUCCCUGUGGCUGCUUUUGGUCGUUGUAAAUUUUGUGCUAGUAAUAUAUCCUCUAGUUUAGAA